AUGUCCCAGCCAUUCCCUAUCACCUACAUUGUUCUGAAGGUGCUCAUGGUAUGGGGCUGGUACAGCAGCCACAAGGCCCAUGGGGAGAAAGAACAGGGGCCUGGACAGCCCAGCCAAGUGCCCUUUGCCCUGUGCCUGCCAGGCUGCUGUUGCCUGUCGGUGCACUGUGGCAAGUGCUCUGCCUCGGCCUCAGUGACUCACUGCCACAUUCACCGGCUGGGUAAUGGAUGCCUUUACAUGUCGUCCUGGCUCACCUUCCCCAGCCUGCACAAAUUGGUGGGCCCCUGCUCUGGUAAUGCCCUGGCAGCCCUCCAGUACCCUGAGCAGUGUGUGGGGAGAUGUCCCGUGCCCUCCUCGAGGGGCUGUGGGCUGCCUUUCUACUACUACUGUGAGCCCUUUCUGCUCUCAAGCAGCUCCCUCCAGUUCUCGGAGACCACAUCCCCACCAGAGGACUCUCCCAUCAGCCAGAGCCUGAGGGAAGCCAUCAGCUUUUGCCUGAUUCUCUCAGAGACUGACACCCCUGAGCCAGACCCCACAGGAAAGGUGGUUGUUGUAGAUAAGUUAUGUAAUAGUUAGCUUUCACAGUUAAGAGAUAGAUAUAAUGUGGAUGUAUAAUGAUGUUACUGUAAUAUGUCCUCCCAGAGACCUCUUUCCCCUUGACCUUGUAAUAACCUUGGUAGUGAGGGCAUUUGGGAGGGCUGGCUCCUUACCAGGAGGUGCAACAUGACAACAUGACCUGGCCUCCAAUCAAGAUGCAGGAAAGUAAUCUCCACCAAUUGAUGUCAGAGAUGGACUUGACUGCCAAAAUUUUGGGAGGCACUAAAGAGUAUAAAAGGCAGAGUAUCCAUUUUGUAGAUGAGCACAUGGCUGCUAGUUACGGAGACUCCCAGCACUGAAAUCUUUCCUCAUUCAGUCCUUUGUUGUAAUUUUUGUUAAGACUUAAUAAACCUUUUAAAAUUUUUAAAGUGAGGAUCAUUUCUCACAUAGUGAAGAACAGCUGAGGACAGGGUCCCCACUUGGCCAGAGCUCUGUGGAGGACACCCAUUCCCCAUCUCAGCCUUCUCCUACUUUCAGCCACAGACUCUUGUUCGUGCUGGGGCCCCUUGACCGGAACUUGAGACAGCCAAGACCAAUGUGGACCACCUGUACUCUCAAAGCAGCAGAGAGAGGAUAGAAAUGUUCAACAAACCAAAUCCUGGCCCAGGUGGAGGAACAGCCCAAGCCUAUCGGACUUCCCAAGUUCAAGCACAACUGUUUUAGGGGCAAGGGUGUCUGUGCAGGCCUGUGAGCAGCAGCUGUGGACAAUCAGAGUGUUUUCACCCCCAUAACUACCAGUUUGCUUGCUGGGACCAGCAGCCAGGGGGAACCAGCCCCCAACUGUGCCCAUAGCAGCUGAUUUUUAAACCUGUUCACACAUAGAUCGUAAAUUCCGUAUAACAGGAUCCUGCUGGACAUGCAGCAAUAACCAUCUGUUAUCAAUUAAAAGGCACCUUGUUCACAGCUGAGGUGGACCUAUUGUGACUUGCCCACGGGGCAAAUUUCACUGCCACAACCUGGGGAAUUUGCUCCUGCCAUGGCCCUUGGCCCCAGCUGGAGUGAGCAGGCAGCCACGGGCGGUGCUGGUCCUCAGCCAACUCUCUUCAGGCAAAUUCAUGAGCCCAAUAGGUUUAAAUGUGCAAUUUAACAUGCACAACUGCUGUUCUAGGAACAAUGGGGAAAGAAAUGGGUCUGUGCCAGGAAUAGAUUAUUCAAAGAAGCAGAAUGCAAGUACUCAGGUACAGCACUGAUCCCAGCUACACUGCAGGGCUGAGGGGCCUGAACAGCAGUAGAAAGGCCUCAGAGCAGCCACACUUAUGAGCCUCUGCUUUCAACAGGCUCUUAUCAGCAAAGCUGGAGCUUCCUCUGUGGCUAGAAGUGGUGCAGAAGCAAUUUUGCUGCUUGGCACAAUCCCUCUCUGCACCCUGAGGCCAGUGCAGCAAGACCUGCCCCUAACCCAAAAAGCUGCAGGUGUCCUGCUUGGAGGUGCUCCAAUCCCUUCCUCAUUUUCCUAUCUGAUGAGCUCAAUCUUGCAACCUACUAUAGUUUUCUUGUUUCCUUCUCCACCCAGAGCUUUACAGCCCUGCUCAGCCCCAGCCUCCAGCCCAGGUGGCCUCAGCACAGAACAGGCUGGGGUUUGUCCCAGGCCUGGUCUGCUGUUGUCACACUUGGGGCCCCAAGGUAACUCAGAGAAGUUUAGCAUAGUUUAUUUUUGGUAUUGAUCCAUGUUGUAUGAACCAACAUGGCUCUUGGGUUCCUCCCUCCAUCACCAAUCUGCACCCAGGUUGUUGGAUACAUUUACACAAAAGACCACAGUCAAAAGCCUGCUGCUCUGCCAUUUGUAACCUGGAGCCAGAUAAAAUGGGACGGAUGUGGCUGUAAAGGCUUUUUAAAUCCUUCUCCAUUGCCAGCAGCCUCUGAGGCCUCCAACUUCCCUGUCCCGAAAAUCUCCUUGUCCUGGGCACGUGCCACUCAUGCUGGGAAAUGUCUUCCCAGAGCACUGCCAGGCCUUUUCCCUGCCUCUUAUGGUGAAUGCUGCAGCCUCUAAACACCACGGUCACGAAGCAGAUGUUAACAGACAGCUGAAGCACAGAGUGGGUCCAACAGCUCCCAAGAGUAGCAGCGCUCCGGCAGCCCGAGGAGAGCAGAGCAAGAAUGCUGACAGAACAAACCCCAGCAAGACCACAAGUGCUAGGACAGGGGAGGACCCAGCAGCUACCCCUGCCACUCCAGCGUGGGCAGCUGUGAAGACACAGCAGAUCUUCUCCAGUGGUGUUCCAAGUUCCUAGGAUCCUACAGGGGAGAGGGGCUUCCCAUCUGCUCCCGUGUUCAGGGUACCUUGCAAUUGUGACUCGUGGCCACUUAGGCCAGAUCAGCCACACCGUGGGCAGCACAGACCUCCCCCCGAGCCACGUCACCACUUCCUCUGGAGUGACAAGUGCUUCGUGUUACAAACUUCUCUUGAGAUGGGAGUAACCCAGAUUCUCCUUAAAAGAUCCCUUGGAGUGGAUUACAGUGAAAUGAUACUGAAAUGCUCAAUGUGUAUAAAUACAUGUACACAGGGUUUAUUUUUGAACAAUUUGUCUGCAAAGGGAAGCAAGUAUGUAGCCAUUUUGAUUAUUAUUUGAUUAUUAUCUAUAGUAAUAUAACAACAUGAAAGCAUUGCAAAAUUGUCACUAAAACUGCAGGAAUAAAAGAAACUCCUGAAUACCA